AUGAUUAUUUCAUUUCAUUUUUCAAACAGUGCAUCAGUGUCAGCUUUAGGUAAUUUCAUCUCACAGAAAGUUGCUCCACAUCCAGACGGGAAAGUGAAAUGGAGGAGUGUCGCUUCAUAUGCAACGUUCGCGUUCUGCCUAAGUGCCCCUAUUAUCCAUUAUUUCUACAUAUUUUUGGAGAAGAUACAACCCCGAAAGGAGAAACCGAGCCAGAUUGAUAAUAUUAAACGAUUGUUGAUUGACAGAUUCUUGUUCACUCCUCCAUUUAUACUACUCUUCUUAUACGUAGUUACCAUUCUAGAGGGUCAAGGUUCAGCGGUUGCCAUGGAAAAAAUACGAACCCAGUUCUGGACGAUCUUAAAGAUGAAUUGGAAAGUGUGGACAAUCUUCACAUUUAUAAAUGUUAAUUACAUUCCAGUUAGAUACCGUGUAUUAUUUGGAAACAUGGUUGGACUGUUCUGGUCAGUGUUUGUUGCAGUGAAAAGACGUCAGAUGGGAGUGUGAGAAAUCUAAAUAUAGACAUGUGUAUAUAGUGACCAUUCAUUGGCUGCAUUUAAUCAUGUGAUAUAAUUAUACUGUAUGUUAAGUACAGUCAAUAACCCUGUCAUCCUGCAUAGUUAUUGUGUAUAUAUGUAUUUGUCAAAUGUUGGUGAAUCUUGAAGCAACCUUUAGCUUUUAUUUUUUGUCGGAAAAACAAUUUUGUGUUGUGGUUUAUACUAAGUAUUUCAGUAACUUCAUCUUGAAAAAGUGCAUGAUAUCACUGUCUUCUUUAAUACAGCAUCCUGAGAGCUAUUUAUAAGGCAACAGUGAUGUUUGUUUCUAAAAAUAGAAGAUCGGAAAAUGAAGCGUCUGAUUUACUAAUUUACAUUUAAAGAGCAUACCAAAGAUAAGAGGUAUCAAGGGAUUUCCUUAUUGUGUAUGUAUUUUAAAGAUGGCAAAUUUCAUUUUCUGCCUUAAUUCUUUUGAUUGACAAUUACCGGGAUAUAUGAAACGAUUUAUCAAAAAAUAACCUAUUUAAGCUUUACAAAAGCUGAAAGUCGCUUUAAUCAUUGGUCUAUGAUAAAAGUGUCAAAGCAGCUGAAUCACACAAGAUUUAAACCGAUUUUUUUGAAAUUUUGAAAAAUGUUUACGUUUACUUACUAUGAUACAAACAAAUAUUGACAUGCGAACAAAUAAAGACAUUCAACCCUGCAUAAGGCACUUACAAUGUACAUAUACUUGAUUUACCUAAAAUAUCCCUUACUCAGGAUGUAACCAUAGGAAGUCUGGAACAGGACCGCAUAUUGCGGCGCAUAAAUCCGAAUCCGUACCGGCUUCAUAUAUUGUUUGUCCGACCUUUGAAUAUCUUUUCAUAUUAUGCGAGCGGGUGGUCUUUAAUUAUCUAAUCUAAAUUUAAUAUAAUCUGAUAAUUUAAAAAUCAGUCAAAUUUACGGUAUAUUGAAAAAAGAAAAGGAGUGACAUCCGCCAUUUGCCGCAACGUUCGGCGUAAGUUACCCCCCUUGAUAUGCUUGAUUUUUGUUUUAAUUUUUCUAGUACUCUCUUUAUGUCACUCAAUACAUGGGAAACUUUCACAUUUCCUAAUAAGGAAUACCAGAUGAGUGCCUUGAAUACUUAUCUAUGGAUCAUGUUUUAAUAUUCCUUUUUUUAGUUAGGCAAAAUCUAUUAGACCAUAUUACUAAAGUGUCUGUUUUCUCCAUGUAAACAAAUCAUAACACGAAUACGCCCGUUAUAAUGCCGCCUAUACAUGUCAAACACUAGUGCAUGUCAACCCGUGUAAACAAUAAACCGUUACGAUACCUGAUAGUUGACAACGAUAACGGGAACAAAAUUCUGAAAAAAUAGUAAUCAAGUGUAGCCAAAGGGGGAAAACUCAUGCCAAACGUUGCGGCAAAUGGCGAAUGUCACUCCUUGUCUUUUUUUAAUACCGUAAAAUUUGACCAGUUUUAAAAGUAACAGAUUGGGUUCAAGUGAUAAUAUAUUGUUUGAGGCCAUAUGCUCGGAUAAUACUUAAGAUAUUUAGAUGUAGCAGAAACGUUUUUAAAAACCGUUACACGAUCGAAAAUAUGCGCCGCAAUCUGCGGUCCCGUUCUCGAGUUCCUAUGGAUGUAACAGGGUACAAAAAUGUUGAAAAAUUAUUUAAAUAGUUGAUUUUUCAUUUUUGCAUAUUACCUCCUAGAUGAAAGGCAUUGAACGAAUUUUGAUAUAUUUCAUGGAUAUUUCUUAAAUUAUUUUCUGAUGUUGGAUUUUUUUAAAACUUUUAGACUUACCUUUUGGAGGUAUGUAGUUUUAAAUAAAUGAUAAAGGAAUCAACGAUUAAUGUUUUUUAUUGUACUACUCAGUCUGGUACUGGACAGUUUCAUGCUUAUAGCAAUAAUCAGGUACAAAUGGUGUUGUUUAAGUAAGGGGAAAUAACUUUUACCUGGUUUUACAAAAGGGAGACUACUUUUGAAAACAAUCUAUCCCUGCACUAUAUCAUGUCUAUUUUCAUGUUUCGCAAUAAGUUUUUGCUUAAAUGUUGAAGUGUAGCUUUAAUAUUUUAUUUGAAUCUUUGCAAGAUUAUUGAUAACUGUAAAUACAUGCCUGAUAAUUUGAAACCUGACAAAUUUAUUGUCUUUUUUUUCCAUUUGCUUGGUAAUAAAUAAGUAUAAUUGGUCUUUAAGGGCAUUUGUGGUAAAAAAAUCUUACUUGGUUGACUUAUUACCAGUGCUUCCUAAUACAUUUAAUGUUACCAUAGUAACUAAGUGAAGCAGAACUGCCAUACUAAGGUUGUACAUGUCCUAUGAAAAUUAAAU